AUGUCACGCACAGCUCCGAGCCGAGAUCAGCUAAUCGCCACGGCGCUCGAUUUUAUCCAAUCCUACAAUCAGUGGGACUUGCAGGCUAUCAUGGCCAUCCGAAGCCCAAUUUGUGUUCACCAUACCCUGCCGGCUACACUGGAAGUACCUCCACGCCCAAACGCCGACUACCAAACAUUCAUGGGGCCAAUGCUCUCUGCAUUUCGGGCCGUUCAUUUUUCAGUCAUCAGCGAUGACGAGACUGUUGUUGACGCUGAAACACGGAGAGUCGUGUUGCAUUGCAGCAAUCGAGCGGAUACGGAUGCGGGAGAAUAUAGGAAUGAGUACAUGUUCACUUUGACCAUGAGUGAAGAUGGAAAAAAGAUAGAUAAGAUUGUCGAGUUUAUUGACGCAGCAUAUACUGCCGAGUUCAAGCGCCGUAUGAGUCUGGUUCGCGCAUCGGCGCAUAUAGUCAAUGAUGAAUAG